AUGUGGGCAAAUCCAGAACCUGGUUUUCUGCUGGAAGAACAGUACAUCACCGAUGCCGCUGUCGCUGGGUUACAGCACUAUCACCUGGCGCGGAUGCUCUUGAUCGCCCACAACCCUAAGGUUGCGAGGCUUGGUACGGCUUUCCGGGCAAUGGAGGAAGAACUCAAACAGACCGUUCGUGUGAUAUGUGGCCUUGCAGUGGCGAACGAAAGAACACCUCCAGCAUACGUGAACGCAUGCAUAGCAAUCACCAUGGCGGGCGAUCGUUUUACAGAUCGGAAAGAACAAGAGGAGUUGUACAAGAUCCUUGUCAAGACUGACAGGCGGUUGGGGUGGCCGACUCAUGCAGCACAGUCUCAGAUCAGAGAGGCUUGGGGCUGGGAAGACUCCCCAUCACCCCCUGCGAUGCCUAUUGCGGCCAUGUUAAACGCCCGCGCACGAGCUGGGACGGCGGAUUGA